GCUUAGAGAUUGAGAAAGAGAAGAUGAAGAAGAAUUCGGUGGGGUCAUCACAAUUUAAAAUUUGUACUUUGAGGAUUUGAACUUGAGGUUGUAUUGCAACUCGAUCAGUAGCCACAGAGCCUUCAAGAUAACUUACGUAAAAUAAUUAUGUAUACUUUAUACGACGUCGCAAAAUAAUGAUUACUUAGCGAAUGUAUCUAAUAACAGUGCAAUGUACUUUAUAAAUACACACAGAACAUUACUACGCAAUUUAGUUACAGCCUCCUUGAUAGAGAAACUUGAGUAAUGCUCGCAGUAUGCUUCCUUGUUUAUAUUGUAACACCUGUUUUAUCCGACUAUUAUAACCCUCGAUAUGACGACUUCGACAUCAACCCUCUAAUAGAAAACGACAGGAUACUAGUGAGCUACUCCAAAUGCUUUCUCGACCAAGGUCCGUGUACACCAGAAGCAAAAGAUUUUAAAAAAGUUAUACCGGAAGCAUUAGAGUCAUCAUGUGGAAAAUGCUCCCCAAAACAGAAACAGCUUAUCAAAACGGUAAUAAGAGCUAUAAUAGCGGCUCACCCUUAUACUUGGGACCAGCUCGUAAAUAAAUAUGAUGGAGAGAAAAAACAUAGGGAAACAUUCAAUAAAUUUCUUGAAGAGAAAGAUAGAUAGUAAUACUUUUCAUUUGUAAACAAGAUUGAUUCAUUUCCAUAAACCCUACAAUGUAAAUGUUUUUACACCUUCAUAGAUGCAAUAAAUAAGUAAUUAUUAUCGAGGACAGAAUUUAAAAUAGUUCUUUACAAUUCCUCAUCAUUCAAUGGAAUAAGGAAAGACAUAUAUGGAUGUACAGUCCUUAAGACAUUAUAGAUAUUUAUGUAAUUUUUAAUUGAAAUUACAAUUUAUGUUUUUAGUUUUAAUUUAAAAUGGGAAGUUACAGGGUAAAAUUAAGGGUUUUUGUAUGUAUGUUGUAUAUUAAACAUUAAUAAAUAUGUUGUAUACAAAACAAAAACCAAGAUGUAAAAAAUUAUCCAUAAAAAAAUAUGACCUAGCGUGCGCUGUGGAAACUAUUGACGAUAGAACAAAAAAUCUCGUACACUAUUAUAGAACGUACCAAUAUUUAUCGCCAACGUUGCUAACGUUAGCCUAUCCCGAAUCAAAACUCUAAAAUAUGAAAUUAUUUUGCCGCCACAAAACAAAACUACGUCAAAUGUUGUCUAUAGGUAAGUUCUAAGACAUUAAAGUUCUACAAAUAAAUAUCUUCUCUAAUAGAAGAAAGUUUAGCAUUUAGAGUUUUUUUUUAUUUAAUGAAUUUAAAAAUGUAUUAGUUAUAAAUUUUCGUUGUGAAGUAUAAUCUGUAUAUAUAUCGUGUGUAUAUUGAUAUAAAUUAUGAAUGUAAGUGUGUAAUCAUUUGUAUUAAUAUCAAAUGUUAAGCGAUAGUUAGUCUAACCAAAUCAUACAUGAAUGUUACUCAUGGCCCUGCAAAGCCAAGAUUAUUCUCUACAAAAUGCUCCAAUUUCAAAAAAAUAUAAAGGAAGAGAAGAAACGAGACCACUUUGCUAUGCCAUGGUUUUAAUAUUUUUUUUAAUUCUUAAUAAUUAAAGGAUUUAUUCAAUUACGUAUACGUGUAAAUACCGGAAUCAUGAAAUGUUAAGUAUGAUAGGAAGUAUAGACAAUACAUUAAAAAACCAUACAUAUAUUUGGACAAAUUAAUAUUUUUAUAAAUAAUCGACUGAGGACAAUUUUUAUAUUAUAUUGAAAAAAAAAACAAUAAAUGAACUGAAUAAAACUACGUGAACCACCACAUUUAUGUUUCUUUGACAGCGUCAAUCUUGUCCUUGUAUCUCUGUUGGUACUGGUCUUUUGGGUCGUAUUUUGAGGCCAAUUCCUUCCAUAACGCCGGACGCUUGUUCACCAAGUGCCUUACGACUUUGUCCGCGUUACUCUUUUGUUUCGCUGUACAUUUCUUACAUUCGUUUUCUAAUGCGUCUGGAAGAGUUUCCUUCAAGGUUUUCGCGUCUGGAGGGCACCUGCUUCUGUCCAUAAGACAUUCAACGUACCCUUUCAACAGGCGAUCGGAUUCCAAUACUUCUUCAACGUUGACGUUGUCAUACUUAUCAGUGUAUGUUGACGGUUUCCCCCAAGCUAAGGCAAGGCAGCAAAGACCCAAGACAAGUGCUAACUUCAUUUUCCU